GCGGAGAGGGGAGGAAGCCACGAGAGAGCCAGUGACGGAGCAAACAGAAACUCUUCUGAGGAAUGCCGGUGCCCGGUUUAGGAAAUGAGGGAGGGGAAAAAUAGAAAAACAAAACAAAACCAGUAGCAGCAAAAAGGCACGACAGAGCAAGGCUUGACAGGAUCUGAUAGUAUGGCUGCACGGUACUUUUGGCAAACAACGAUCUGGCACCGAUAGGCGCGACAGACGGGAAUAAAUAGAGCAGAAGAUGAACAGACAUUGAAUUCAGCUCGAGCUCGAGGCCAUGGGGAAGCAGAUUCGCGACCUGGAACAGAGGCAGGCCCAGCUGAGAGAGCGGAGAGCCGCGCUGGAAUCAUCCCGGGCUGACGCUCACAAGUCCGGGGUAAGUAUACAGCGUGCUGUUAACAGUCCCACCAUGUCUACUCCGUGUGUUUCUAUGCGCAGGCCCGGUGCACCCAGGACGCGAUCUUCCCAGAUGUCCUUCACUGCGACGCCGGGACACCACGGACCCUGGGUGCAUCCACAGCGGAGGACGCGAGUCGGGUCCCGGGCGACGACUUCUCCCCCUCCUGCCUUCGAGAUCUCCAUCCAGAACCGCUUCACUCCCCUCCGCGAAACAGGACGCGACGCUGUGAUCAUCGGAGACUCCAUCGUCCGACACGUAAUUGCUACGUUAGCCGAAGGUAAAGAGCACACUCAUUGUUUGCCUGGUGCUCGUGUUCUCGAUGUUUCUGCGCAGAUACCCGCGAUCCUGAAGGAUGACAAGAGCCCCAGAGCGGUCGUGCUUCACGCCGGGGUUAACGACACCACGCUGUGGCAGACGGAGACGCUGAAGAGGGACUUCAGGAGCCUGAUCGAGACGGUUCACAGCACGACGCCCGCGGCGACGAUCGUCGUGUCAGGACCACUGCCCACGUAUCGACGAAGACACGAAAGGUUCAGUAGACUUUUUGCUUUAAAUGAAUGGUUGUUGUCAUGGUGUAAAGAACAGAAACUGCUAUUUGUUAAUAACUGGAAUCUUUUCUGGGAGCGUCCUAGACUGUUUCGCGCUGAUGGAUUACACCCCAGCAAAAUCGGAGCGGAGCUUCUCUCUGACAACAUCUCCAGGACACUUCGCUCCAUGUGACUAGAUGUAACUAGGAUUUACACAAGCUCCCGUCUGGAUCCAGAAAACCUGAGAAGAGAUGAUGCUGACCCCUCAGAGGACCCCAGAUGAUGCUAACCCUGAAUAAACAAACAGAACUAACAAUUAUUGCUAAAUGUGUGACUGAAUCAUAUAUUAACUUAAUUAAUAAUAUUGAUAGUUCAUUGUCUAGCUGACUACAUCUUGUAUUAUUAUUAUUAUUUUUAUUUUUUUCUAAAAUCCUGUCAAAUGUGCACAAACUACUAGCUACUACUAAAUAUUGUAGCGACAUAAUUUUCUGUAAAGUUGCUUUGUAACGAUUUGUUUUGUAAAAAGCGCUAUACAAAUAAACUUGAAUUGAAUUAAA